UUGGAGGCGUCCCUGCUGAAGUGACAAAGAGUUCUCCCACGUGACACCCCAAGGUGCCUUUGAGGAACGCUCUCUGGACCUCCCUAUGGGCUGAUGAAGAAGUUGCCUCCCCACACCCUCUCUGUCCCCAGCUGAGAUUAUGGUGGAUUUGGGAUACGGCCCAGGCCUGGGCCUCCUGCUGCUGACCCAACCCCGCAGGCGUUAGCAAGAGCCCUGCACUGUCCGCCCCCCCUCCCCAGAGACCACCCCUCCUACCAGGGGCCUGGAGUUGGCGAGUGACUAUGCGGCUUGGGCUGUGUGUGGUGGCCCUGUUUCUGAGCUGGAUGCAUCUCGCUGCCGGCAGCCGGGGGAUCAAGGGGAAGAGGCAGAGGCGGAUCAGUGCCGAGGGGAGCCAGGCCUGUGCCAAAGGUUGUGAGCUCUGCUCGGAAGUCAACGGCUGCCUCAAGUGCUCGCCCAAGCUGUUCAUCCUGCUGGAGAGGAACGACAUCCGCCAGGUGGGCGUGUGCUUGCCCUCCUGCCCUCCUGGCUACUUCGACGCCCGCAACCCCGACAUGAACAAGUGCAUCAAGUGCAAGAUUGAGCACUGCGAGGCCUGCUUCAGCCACAACUUCUGCACCAAGUGUAAGGAGAGCUUAUACCUGCACAAGGGCCGCUGCUAUCCAGCCUGUCCCGAGGGCUCGGCGGCUGCCAACAGCACCAUGGAGUGCAGUAGUCCUGCACAAUGUGAAAUGAGUGAGUGGUCCCUGUGGGGGCCGUGCUCCAAGAAGAAGAGGCUGUGCGGCUUCCGGAGAGGCUCUGAGGAGCGGACACGGAGGGUGCUCCACGCCCCCGGGGGAGACCACGCUGCCUGCUCCGACACCAAGGAGACCCGCAGGUGCACAGUGCGGAGGACACCCUGUCCUGAGGGGCAGAAGAGGAGGAAAGGUGGCCAGGGCCGGCGGGAGAACGCCAACAGGAACCUGAGCAGGAAGGAGAGCAAGGAGGCGGGCGCCGGCUCCCGGAGACGCAAGGGCCAGCAGCAGCCGCAGUACCAGGGGACAGCGGGGCCGGUCACGCCUGCAGGGCUCACCUAGGGGCCUAGGGACAUUCUUCAGCCUCCAGGCCCGUGCAGAAAGAGCCCAGCGCUGCUCUGUGUGAUGAAAGCUUUACUGAACUGGAGCGCUGGGGGCACAGCGUUCACACGCUCUCCAUACGUAUACGGACACACACACACACACAAGGGUCCAUGGCCAAACAUGCAACCAGCGUACAUGUGUGCAUCCGUGCGCGCGCACACACACACACACACACACACAAUCGAGGCCACCGGAUGACACUUUUAUCUCCCGGAUGUCACCGUGUGAACAGGGUGGGGAGGUGGAGGGGUCACCUCUGCCUGGCAGAGGGCCCAGCGUCACAGACUUGGUUUGCGAUGCUCCCAAGGGACAUGUCAGAGAGACCGUUUCCCCGCGUGUAAGCCCAAACAGAGUGGAGCCUUCUGGAGGAGCUGAUAGGAUCAGUCCAGGGUGGCAGACAGGAACCAAAGCUCAAGGCCUGUUCAGCAUCUCCAGCUGUGUGACUUUAUCAUUGGAGAGUAUUGUUACACACCCAUGAUCCGUGUCAGGGCUGCCCCGACUCUGAAAACUGCUUAAAAGUUUAUUUCAAAUUAAAAACAAAACCAAAUGACAACAGUAGCCACAGGCAGCACGUUCCUUUUCAGGGUCCAGGGGUUGGUGGGGUACACGGGAGCAGGAAGGAACAGGGCUGAGUUUUGAAGAGCUCCCCUAAUGGCCGUCUGGACGGAGGGUCCAGAGCAGGAAGAAAACUUUGGGGAUACUCUGAGGGUGAUAACCAGCUUCUCUACAUCCUUAUUACUCAGAGUGUGGUCUGCGGACCGGCAUCAACGUCGUCACCGGGCGGCCCGUUAGAAGUGGGAGUCUCGGGUCACAUCCCAGACCUGACGAACCAGAAUCUGCGGUGUAACAAGGUUCCAGGUCCCUGGCAUGCACAUUCAAGUUUAAGAAGUACUGCUCUGAUUACCUCUGCGGACGGAACCAAGGUCCUGGCCACCUGGCCGCGGGAAGGGUUCUGGUCGGCCGUGCAGGAAGACUUGCCAUCUGGGAGAGGUAGAAUCUGCAUCCUGGGGGGGUUAGUGGCACCCUAGGGGGCAGGGAUGCCCAGGUUCUCUGGGAUGGUUGGAAACCCUUGGAUCCCAAAGACAGAACGGCGGGUAGAAUGACCUCUUGUGGCAUCCCCAAGUGUCCACUGGUAGCCUAGUGGGCCCCGGGCCCCGGACUCAGUGUUUGGUUUCCAGGGGGAGCCAGGCACGGACCUUGCCCUCACAGAAGUAGAGGUUGGUAGGGGUGACAGUCAUGGACCAAGGGAUCCUUCCGAUAAGUGUGUAAUCACAAAUGGGUGGAGUUGAGGCCAGUCAACCCCUGGCACGUACACAUAGCUAUGAAAGUGAAUUAAGGUGAAUCGAAAUAAGACUUUAUCUCAGGGAAGCUUUUCAGAGAAGGUGGUAUUUGAGUCAAGCUCUGAAGGGUGAGUAGGAGUUAAGACAGAGAAGGAAUGGCGUUCUAGACCAGUGCUGUACGAUAGAAAUAUCAUAUGAGCCACUGAUGUCAUUAAAAAGUUUUCUAGUGACCAUGCUUAACGAGUAAAAAGAAACAGGCGAAGUUAAUUUUAAUGAUGUCUUUUAUUUAACCAAAUAGAUGCUAAAAUGUUACCUCUUUAACAUGUAAUCAGCAUAAAAAUGAUUAACAACAUCUUUUACAUUUUCUUUUUCAAACUAAGUCUUCACCGCUCUGUGUAUGUUUACACUGCACAGCAUAUCUUAAUUUGGACACGGAAUUCUCACCGGAAAUACUUGAUUUGUAUUUAGAUUUCAGAAAAAUUGAAAAGUAGAUUCGCAUACUGAAUUCCUGGUUCAGGAGUAGUUAACGGUUUUCCAACUAUUGAAUUGAAUAUGUUUUAAAUUUUAAAUUGAAUAAUUAAAAUUAGAUAACAGUAACGAUUCAGGUCUUCAG